UGGACUUCAGACUGACAAACAUGAAUCUUUCUGCUCCUGACAGGUUUCACUGAGGCCAACCUGUGGUGAAAAUCUGUGUAGCGAUCACGCAGCACCACUGGUUUGUGAUGUUGGCUGGAGUUUUGUAAAAAGCCUCACGAAAGGUUCAGGAACCUUCAUUGUGGUUCUGCGCAGACCCAUUGUUCCUCAGAGUGUUCUCCGCAGAGGACAGCGGGGCGCACCGCCGUGAUUCCCUCCGUCCGCCUGCCGAGACAGAAGGGCGUCAACACAGAGACAAGAGUCCAGAGUGUUGGAGGAAGGAGACGCUCACUGGACGCCUUUGUGUCCGAACAGCAAGCAGGAGAAACCCGCCCGGAGCAGCCGCCGCGCCCCGGUGGAGCAGCGAAGGAUGGAGGAUCCGGAGGAGACGUUUGUUAAACAAGAGCAUCGAGACUGUGUGUAAAGAGGAGGAAGAAAAACUUGUAACAGCAGAGAGAAUAAAGGAGAAGGAGGCAAAAAAAAAAAAAAAACUGGGCGUCUACAGCCGAGUGAGGAACCAAACCAGGCUGGAUCUCCGGACGCAUAAUUGGCUCCGACAGGAUCGAUCAGACCCACAGUGGAUCUAAUGCAGGCCGGUGAGGAGGCACAAAUGUCCGCCGGCGAUCUUUGUUCACACCUCGGCUCAGCAGCUGCAGACAUGACGCAACAGAUCAGCGCAGAAAACUGCUACGAGAUUCUGACAAAAGCCAAACGAGAAGGCGCGGAGGGCGUGAAGCAGCAGGUCUACCGCUACAUGAGCGACCACUACCUGCAGGUGCUGCGGAGCCCCGCCGUGUACGGCCGGCUGACGGCGGGGGAGAGGGAGCACAUCCUGGCCCGGAGGAUGGAGGGGAGGAAGGUGCUGGCGGUGGCCGAGACAAGCGAGGUGUGCGACCGCGGGGGGAGCCGGGACAACAGCCGACCGCAGAGCCCGCUGCUGCCGGGGACGGAGGACUCCAACCACCGGCGGGUGUUCUGCCUCGACCCGGAGACCCAGCAGUGGGAGGUGCUGACCAACCUGCCGGAGGAGAUCCCGGCUAAAGGCUCCGGGAUGUGCACCUUGUACAACUACCUGUUCGUGGCGGGGGGCAUCAGGGCGCACGGGGACGGCCGCUCCAAGGCGUCGGACCGGGUGUCCUGCUACAACCCGCUGACCGGCCAGUGGAGUCAGAUCCGGCCGCUCAGUCAGCCCCGCUGCCAGCUCCGCCUGGUCUCCAUGGACGGGUACCUGUACGCGGUGGGCGGGGAGUGUUUGUUCACGGUGGAGCGCUACGAUCCGCGCACGGACCGGUGGAGUCCGGUGGCUCCGCUGCCCAAAGGAUCCUUCGCCGUUGCGCACGAAGCCACCUCCUGCGGCGGGGAGCUCUUCGUGUCCGGCGGCUCGCUCUUCUACCGGCUGCUGCGCUACGACUCCCGCCGGGACGAGUGGGAGGAGUGUCCGUUCAACGAGAGCCGGCGGCGGUCCACGGAUAUGGUGGCGCACAGGAGCCUCGUUUACCGUUUCGACGUGGACCGGGAGCGCGCCGGGGUGAGCGUGUACAAGUACAACACGGUGGUGAAGGUGUGGCUCGGCGGCGCGUCCUUCCCGCUGGACAACCCGCUGCCGUUCCGCUGCACGGUGCUCGGGGAGCGGAUCUACUGCGUGAACCGGAGCCAGACGCUGCAGUUCGAGGUGGGGGAAGACCGGGAGGGCUUCAUCCCGGAGGUACUGCCUUCCCCGGCGGAGGCCAGAGGAGCCCUGGUGCCCUUUGUGCUCACCCUGAGCCGGGACAAGUGAUCCAACCAGGGACGCUGCAUUUUGUCCGAUAAUGGAACUAGGCUGAAAAGGUGCAAAGCAGUAAUAAGUGAAGCUGCCUUCUUCCUUUGUUGGCUUCUUUUCUCCGCGGUGCCUUUUUGUUCCACCCAAAGUUCUGUUGAUGGCAGUUUUCACUUGUUGCUGAUGAGCAGCAGAUUCUGAGAUUAUUCAGAUGAUUGUUUCAUGACUGUGAAGGUGGGAGGUUGCUGGUUUGAAUCCCAGUGGUGGAAGAAUGUUUGAAACAUGAAAUGCAGUUUUUACUGAGAGGCUGAAAGUUUGUGUUGAGGCUGAAACGUGGGAAUGUGUCCUGAAGCUGUGGCUGAUUCAGUAGUGCGGAAAUACGGUUAGAUAUUUCUUCAGUAUAAGAUCGACUCACUUUUUCCCAACAUGAAUGAAUCUAAUGAAUAACUAAUGUAGCUCCAGAGCAGCUCCCCCUGCAAUAUAAACCUACAAGACACAAUGAAAAACAGUCCACAAAUACCAGCUUUUUCUGGAGCUUUCAGCCACAUCUCACAGUCUUCUUCAGACAAUAGUUUGUCCCAUUUAUGUAAAAUAUGGCUAAUGUUGAAGCUGUAGCUUCUAUUUGGAGGCAAAUCUUUAAUUGCACAAAGUGAAGUGGAUUUCAAACAGAUUGCUGUCUCCUCUGCAGACAAACAAAAAUGAAGCAGCAGAAACAGAAGAAACUGUGAAACGGAGACACUGAUGAGGAGAACAGGUCUGAAAUGAUCUGCAGCCACAGCAGCAUCCUGUCAUAUAUGCAACUACAUAGAUACAAUACAAACUAACGUAAUAAACCAAGAUGGCUAUAACUCAGACCUGGUUCUGAUCAAUAUUACAGCUGCUUCACUGACACAAGCUAAAAUAUGUGUGGAUGUUAUUAUCUGACUGUUGCUAAAGAUACUCUGGAAAUUAACAGGAAUUCAGUCAAAUUCUGCUCUGAGCAAAUUUUGUUUUCCAUUUAGGUUUUUCUCUUUAUUGCACUUUGGAUGAAGUUAAUUCACAAUUAAAUAAAAUUGUUUGUGUUAUUCUCCUGGA